GUAAAAUACUUAUGCUUGCUAAGAAACUAUUUUGCCAGCCGAUACUUUCUGGUCAUGAAGUCCUUUUCACCACGUGCGGACAGAUGUGAAUAAAUUUUCGACGACAAGCGACGAACAAAGUGCAAGCGUUUCGGUAAAGAGUGUGUAGCGUGUGUAAGCGAGCAGCAGCAGUCAUAGAACAAAGGAAGGAGGGUAAGAAUCAAAUAACCAACCUUUGCUAUUGCGCAGGCGCAGCACACGUGUCGACUAAAUUGCGUAGUACGUGUGCGUUUGGGGUAGUGCAGAAGAGGGAAGCGCAUUUUGGUGCAGCGCACGUCGGCACUACAAGUCACUUAAAUGCGAAGAACGCCUAAAAGCAGAAAAUCAACAAAAUUGGAAAAUUCCCUUUGGCAUUAUCAGAAAUUCUUCAGAGAACUUAAACAACGACGCAUAGAUUUUAUGCAGCAAAAAAAUUAUCAAAAAUUUAAUUUUGGCAUAAUUUAUUCGGAUUGCUUGGUGGCAGCAGAACAACAGACAACAAACACAGUAACUCAAACGCAAACGCAGACGCAGCCGCAGACGCAGACGCAAAAGUUGAAGAAAAAGCAAGCACAAGUGCAAGUGGAAGUGGCAGUUAAAGAAUAUAACUUCUCGUAUACGCAACACGCGAGUAGCUUACGCAGUCGCACGAAAAUCACGACGACGAAAGCUAUAAACGCAACAACGUCCAACAGCGCAUUCACGAAGAUCAACAGAAAGUCAAGAACAGUAAGCAACGUAGCGGCGACGACGACAACAACACCAACAACGAGGGCGACGACGCAUAGAGUGACGAACGCGAAACGCAGGUACGGAAAUACGCCUACAAAGCAUAUGCCGAUACUGACGUACGUGUUGCGAAUGCCAUUGGAGUCAGCGAGCGGUGCAUUGCAGCAAUUGGUGAAUGCUUGAAAGAGGAGAAGAAAGUUAAGAAAAUCAAAAAAGAGAGCAAUUUUUGGCAAACAAAAGACACUGAAAAAACAAGUCGAAGAGAAAAUUUAACAUUUUGGCAAGGAAAAACUAAGCACAAAAAGCAUACAUCCUGCUUGGAUGGCAGAACCCAGCACAGCUGCCCACUUACAUUUCGGAAAAAGUGUAGAAAUUUAGUGGCAGUCACCAAUAACAACUCCACCGUAACUGCCUAAAUUGGCAAGGUUCGGCUGCUGGUCAUCAAUUAGCCUUUAUUUGUGGGCUUUACAAACAUUUGGCUGUUUUAAAUACAUACACAACUACGUAUAUAUAUCUUCGUUUAAACCUUAGUUACUUAGUUUUAUCGUUUGGUUCCGGCUACUUGCAACAAACAACAAACCUACGUCGUUUGAUUUGUGUAUUUUUUGGUGAUAGUGCUUUAAAGAAAACAAAAUCAGCAUUUAAUUUUUAUUUAAUCAUAAUAACUUAAUAUAAUUCAAAAUGGAUCCACAGCAACAAUUUUGUUUGAAAUGGAACAGUUACUCGUCCAAUUUGGCAAUUACAUUUUCCAAUCUAUUCAAAUCGGACGUGUUGGCGGAUGUGACGUUAUCGUGUGAUGGCACAGUAUUCAAAGCACACAAACUCAUAUUGGCAGCCUGUUCGAAGAAGUUCGCCGAACUGUUCGAGAGCACACCAACAAAUGGGCAAUGCGUUGUCAUAUUGGAGGCCACGUCCUCCGACAACAUGGCCGCAUUGCUCGAAUUUAUGUACAAAGGUGAAGUGCAUGUAUCACAAGAGGCUCUAAACAGUUUCCUUAAAUCUGCAGAAAAUCUGCAGGUGAAAGGUCUGUCUACAGAAACUGGCCGUUUGGCCGCUCAACAAGCACAACAACACAUCGAUGCGUCUCCACUAGACUCGCCCACCGGCCGUCGCAGUAUGCGCAACAGCCUAAGUGGUGGUGCGGGUAUCGGUAGUACUGUCAGCGGCAGUCCCCUAACGAGUAUUGGUGGCGGGGUUCCGAGUGGUGCUAUCAUUGGAGGCAAUAUGUCCGGCCAAAUGACCGGCAAUUCGGAUCGCAAUAGCAACAGCGGCAAUGGCAACGGUGGCAGCAGUGGUGGCGGUGCUGGUGUCAACCUUAUUAGCGGUCCUGGUAGUGCACACUGCAAUCCCCCAGUUAGCGGCGCAUGUGCAACCGUUGGUGGUGCAGGCAGUUUGGGUAGUGGCGCUGGCGUUGCACACCAUCUGAGCAGUUCAAGUGGUAAUCUUAAACAGGAAUGCGAUUCACUGAUGCAAGGUGGUACCGCAGCUGCGCUGGCCGCCGGUAUACCGCCCUAUGUGCCGCCCAUCUAUCGUCCCAUGUCAUUCGAGCCGCUGCGUAAGCGUGUCCUCCGCAGUCCAUAUGCUGAGCAAGAGGUGCGCGGCAGUGUCUUGCGUGAUGGCUCGAAAAAUUCAUCGUCCGAGUGCGCGAGUCCGAUUAGCAAACCGCCCUAUCAUCGGCCGUCAUCGAGCGCAUCAUCUAAUGCACCCACCGAGGCGGAUACAAUGCAAUCGGAGCGAACAUCACCGAGCCGUUACGAAAAUCACAGUCCUGGCGCCACAGCAGGCAAUGGCAAUGCGCCGGGCAGCGCUGUGAAAACGGAACGAAAUAAUGGCAGCACACACGAGGCUAAUGAUGAUGACCGAAGCGAGCACGACGAAUCGAUUGAUAAUGGAGCCGAAGACCUGCGAGUGAAGUUAGAAAAUUCCAACUACUCGCCGCCGCCGCCACAGCCACCUACCUCGAACACAUCUUCCACAACACCAUCCGCCCUGCUCGAAAAUCUUAAGAAUGUCGAAGCUGGGAUGCCAAGCAAUUUGGCCACAUCCAUUGCGCCGGAGGAUAUGUUAAAUGUAUGGAAUGCGACGAAAUUGAAUAAUAAAAAUAGCGGCAUGGUCAACACGGCGGACGGUAAGAAGCUGAAGUGCCUGUACUGUGAUCGCUUGUACGGCUACGAGACAAACCUCCGCGCCCAUAUCCGCCAACGUCAUCAAGGCAUCCGCGUCCAUUGUCCCUUCUGUUCGCGCACUUUCACCCGCAAUAACACCGUGCGCCGACACAUCGCACGCGAACACAAACAGGAGAUCGGGUUGAGUGCAGCCAGUACUGGCAUUGUGCCCGCUUCCGUCGCCGCUGCGGCUGCGGCGGCGGCCGCGAAUCAUUCGCAAUAGGAUGCGGCCGCAACAGCGGCGGCAGCAGUAGUCAUGAGUGCGCAGAAAGCAGCAGCAAAACAACGUAAACGAAAAUCAUUAAAAAUGGCAUUAGAGAAGUGUAUGCAGCGACGCGACGCAGCAGCAAGCAGUGGUGGCAACACCGGUGCAAGCGGUGUCGUCGUCGGUAGCAUCAGCAGCAGCAGUGGCGACAUCACCGGCGAGACAGCAAGCAGCAGCAGCAACGCGAUCGCCAGUGUAGCCACUAUCGGCGUUAUAGCCAGCACGUCGACACGUGCGGCUGAGGAACGCAAACAACAACAGCAGCAACAACUCGCACAGCAGCAAGUCGAGUUGGAACAGAAGAAGCAUCAGCAACAAAAGCAGCGACAGGCGCGGCAAGAGCGGCGGCGCAAUAGCACAGCGACUGGUCACAGUGAGAGCGCCACCGACACAAUGGUGAAGCAUCAGGUGGAGGGAGAGGAGGACGAGGUGGAGGAAGAGGAGGAGGAGAAAGAACCAGAGGCAAAACGGGAACGACAGGAGUUGCCAGUAACGGUGGAGAGCACAACCGAGGCGGAUACCUCACUGAUGGACACCACUGCCAGCAGUAGCGCCACCACCUCCGCCACUGAUACCUCCACCACCAGCACCACCACCAAUGAACGUCUCAACACCACCACUAGCACCAUCGAUUCAUCAAUAGGUGAGUUGGCCGACAUCGCUGUGGAACGUUUGCGUGCAUCCAGCGAAAUGGAAACAGACGCGGAUGAUGCGCCGCCUGUGGCAAAAGAGCCCAGCAGGGCAAGUGUUGCCGAAGAAAAACCACCAACUAGCGCUGAUGCUGAAGCUGAAGAAAAUGCUGUUCAUACAACUUCAACAACAAUAAUAACAACAACACCGUUAGCUGCACAAACCUCAGCCUCUAGCGAGGCUGAAAACCCCCCACCGGUACAAAUGGAAACCGACGAAGACGACAAAGUCGCGCCCACCACCAAGUCCGAAGCUGCUGCGGACGCUGGUGCGACUGUCACGCAGGUAACCACAACAGAAACAACUACAAUCACAAAUAAUGCCAAUGCCAACGAUACGACAACAACAACUACAAAUGCUGCUGAAUAAAUGUAGUCGUCGUGUCGUAGUAAAUAACAAGGAGGAGGAGAGAGGAAAGUAGAGGAGAAGUGAGGAUUUUCGUUUACGCGCACUCAAAAGGAGCGCAAAGGUUUCAUACGCGGCGCGCAAUUUGCCAUUACGCGCGCGCAAGGCGUUUGCUGCUCCAUCUUAAGAACAAGAAAAGGAAGAACAGAGACUACUGUUGCAACCGCUGUUGCACUCGGAUGGAAUAUAUUAAUUUAAAAACAAAAAAACAAAAACAAAAAUGAUAAAAAGUAAAUAUGCAACAACAAUAAUUAUAAUGAAUUAAUAUAAUAAUUAAUUAUUUUACGAAUUAUGACGAAGUUAAAAGUUUGUGUUUUACAGAAGACACAACCAGCUGCUGUGAGUUAAUUUAAAUUUACAUUUUAAAGCAAAAUAGAAGAAAACAAGUAAUGUAGGCGCAAGUAGCGCAGAAGGAAAAGGAGAAAUCAAAAACGCAAAAACACGCAGUGAAUCAGCCUGAAAGCAUGCUUCAGUGCAAGCAAUAGAAAUGCCAAUAUUUUUUUUUUUGUAACGAAUGCAAGCACACUGAAGAAACAAAUCAAAGCAAGAUUUUAUGAUUUUUUUUUUAAUUUUUCUUAAUGUAUAGCAAACUCAACUAUGAACUACGCUGUUAUUGCAAUUGAAUUUUUGUUUGUGUAAUAUAACUAUUUGCAAUAAAUACAAUAACAAUUAGCAUUAAACUGCUAUUUAGUUGAAAUGCAGAAAAAACAGGCAAGAAACGCAAGAAAAUAAAUAUAAAAACAGCAAAAAAUGAAAGAUAUUUUCAAAACCACAGUAAAAACUGAGCUGUUAAAUCCGACUGAGAAAUUGUUUUCAGGGUGCUACUGUAAUUGCAUUUAAAUACCAUAGAGAUUGGCAAAAGAAAAAGUGUUUGAAAAUAUUUUUUGCAAGCGUGCUGUGUGGGGCAUAACGAUUUCUUGGAAGAAGAUUAAGAUUAAGAUUGAAAGUAAAUUAUUUUGGCGAUAAAUGAAAAUUAACUUUUAUUUUAUUUCAAAUAUUUUAUAGUACAAAAAGUCGAGCAAAUUUUUGAUUUUACACAAAUAAGUUGAGAUCGUGGAGCGCAUUCGCUUUCAUUUAAAAAAUUCGUACACAGAGUAAAGUUUUUUUUAAAUAUUUUCUU